AUGUCUGAUAAUAACGAGUGUGAAACUGUAACUAAUGUGCUUAUAACAGUGGAAGAAAUAAAACUGGAGAGAGAAGGCGUCGAACAGGAAAAUGAAUUCGUAGAAUGUAUUAAAGAGGAACAGAACGAUUGGGGGAAUGAGGCCGCUGAUGCUGGAGUCUUUGAUGGACGAGUUAAACACGAGGUGGUCGUCAAGCAAGAGCCUGUGCAGGCUACGAUUGAAUUUGUUGGGGUUACACCACAUGGAGAAUGGACUUGCAAACUAGAGGAGAUCCAAAGCGAAGCUAGCACAAGUUCUGACAAUCAGGCAAAAAUAGAAAAGAAAGGAAAAAAGUUAGAAAAACGCAAACUUUCAACUGAAACAAAAGCUAGCGAAGAAAACGAAACAUAUACAUGUGAUUUAUGCAAAAAAGUAUAUACUAACAAAAAAAAAUUGGUGACGCACUUAUAUUAUCACAGUACGAAUAAGCCUUUUUACUGCAACAUUUGUAACAAACAAUUUAUGUCCAAUAAAUACGUGAACCAACACAGACGUACACACACUGGAGAAAAACCAUAUUUCUGUGAGCUCUGCCAAAAGCAUUUUGGCACUUCAACUGGUCUCAAUAGACACCUCCGUACACACCGGGGCGAGAAACCUUACUCGUGCACAAUUUGCCAAAAGAAGUUUACCUGCAACACACAGAUGAACAAACACAUACGCACCCACUCCGACGAGAAGCCGCAUCGGUGCGAAAUAUGCGAAAGACAAUUUAAGGAGAAGUCACAUCUGGCUGCCCAUUCGCUAAUUCACAAAGGAGAUGAAGCGAAACGAUUUUUUUGCGAGCAAUGUCCAGCGAAAUUUAAUCAAAGACACAAAUUGGCUACUCACUCACGCGUUCACUUAGGUUUUAAAGAGUUUGCAUGCGACACUUGUGAAAAGAGGUAUUCAACGAAAUUCCUACUUGACAAGCACAUUAAAAUAACGCAUUCGGGACAAACAUUCAUUCCAAAACCAAAAAAUUAUUUAUGCGAAAUAUGCGACAAGUAUUUUGUAUCAAACAUAGACUUGGAUAGACACAAACGUAGCCACACAGGAACGAGACCGUUUUCUUGUGAUGUUUGUGGCAAAAGUUUUUUCCAAGUAGCGCAUUUAUCGUCACACAAACUCACGCACACUGGGGAGAAACCCUAUACGUGUGAUAUAUGCAACAAGCAAUUUGCUGUUAAAGGUUACUUGAAUAAACACAAACGAAUUCACACUGGUGAGGUUCUGUAUCCAUGUAAUUCGUGCGAUAAGGUGUUUAGACAUAAAGGUAGACUGGAACAGCACUUAAAAAAGCAUUCUCAUGAAGCUGAAUCCAUAGACUGAU